UGUGUGUGACAUUUGCUGCAGCUAGUUUAUGAACAGCUAGCAGGAUAAACAUGAAGAACUGGGGGUGGAAAUGAAAAUUAACUCUCCUUUUAGCCGCUGACUUAACUUUUUGGAUGGACGCUGCCAUCUUUACCACAACCGAGGAGGCGGCUUUUGUCAGAUGUCGUGAUGUGUAAAACUUCCUGUCUUGCUGAACACGUUCGGUAGUGGGCUAAUGCUUUUUUUGAACUUCUACAGUAAAUCCAGAGUUGUCUUAGAGGUCGCCUUCAGCAUCUCCUCUCUGCCAUGCUGGUAGCGGUCAGAUAGCCAGAGUCGUUCUUGUGUUUAUGUCUUGCACGAUGGGGUCGCCUUGGCACAUUGCGUUUUGCACGCAAGGUUAAAAUUAGCUUUAGCCAUCUCGCUCUUCACUUUCUUAUGCUGACUUGUCGGGACAGGUGUGCUGAAAGCAGGCCAGGUGUGGUCCUGGGUAGAUAGGGCGCACUGUCACCUCAUCGGUGUACUGCCGACACUUCUACUUCAGGGAUAUAUAUAUAUUUUUAUUCUUGCUUGAGUGGAGUCAGAGGUUAAAUCAUGCUGUUGUCAUUAGUUGUGCACACAUACUCGCUGCGGUACUGGUUUCCAGCCACGAUCAUGCUGGGAACAGCCCCGGCUUACGUGCUGUCAUGGGGAGUCUGGCGAUUACUUUCUACAGUUUUACCAGCGAGUGUUUACCACAAGUUAGACGACCGACUGUACUGCAUCUACCAGAGCAUGGUCCUAUUUUUCUUUGAAAACUACACAGGAGUUGAGAUUGUAAUUUAUGGAGAUAUACCAAAGAACAAAGAGAAUGUGAUCUACCUGUCAAAUCAUCAAUGUACAGCUGACUGGAUCAUUGCUGACAUGCUCGCCAUCAGGCAGAGUGCGCUCGGUCAUGUCAGGUAUGUCCUCAAGGAUGGACUCAAAUGGCUCCCGCUUUAUGGAUGGUAUUUCUCUCAGCAUGGUGGAAUCUACGUGAAACGAAGUGCCAGGUUCAAUGAAAAGGCAAUGAGGAAGAAACUAACAACGCAGACUCAGUGUGGAGCACCAAUGUACCUUGUCAUCUUCCCAGAAGGAACUCGGUAUAAUCCAGAGCUGAAGAAUGUUAUCGCUGACAGUCAGGCUUUUGCCGUGAAAGAAGGACUUGCUGUUCUGAACCACACCCUCACACCUCGAAUGAAAGCCUCUCACAUCGCCAUCGAGACCAUGAAGGACCACCUGGAUGCCGUGUACGACGUGACGGUGGCGUACGAGGGAACACUGGACGCCUCCGGUCAGAGAAAACCAGCACCUUCAAUGCCAGAAUUCCUCUGCAAAGAAUGUCCCCGCAUCCACAUACACUUCGACCGCGUGGACAUCAAGGAAAUUCCCGCCGAGCCCAUGUUUUUCCGCAGGUGGCUGCACGAUCGGUUUGAGAUGAAGGACCGGCUGCUGACUGAUUUCUACGAGUCGCAGGAUUCAGACAAAAUCUGCAGGUUUCCCAGGGAGGGCAAGCUUUCCCCACUGCCGCUGUGGAAAACCCUCCCCUCUGUGGUGAUCCUGGGGGGGCUGACACUGCCAAUGCUGCUGACGGAGAACGGCAGGAGACUGUACGUAAGAACCUGGGUGUGCGGGACGCUGCUGGGCUGGCUGUGGGUCAAUGCUUUCCCUUAACAAACGCUGCCGCGCCGAGACGCACAAACGACUUGGAGGGAGGCUGCCGUUUCCCGCCCCCCCCCCGCGUCGCAGCGACAGCACGAGGCGUGUUCAGGUACAGAGCACCUUCUGAUAACCGGCUCGGAGGUCUGUCUGACCCGCUGUUUGACCGGAGAUACUGAGAAACGUUAAGCUUUCCGUGUUACUACUUCCCUCUUGUCAUUUGGAUCCGCAGCCUAAAAUAAUCACUUAACUCGGCUGUUUGUUAAAGAGUGUUAGAUUUCUCAAAAAUGUACUUGAUCUAUUCAAUUAAAUAAAAAAAUACAAGUAGCUCUUAAAAUAAUACCCCCUCAUUAUCAAAUUAUGUGAAAUUAGUACAUUUGCAUGGUCUUUUUUUCCCCCAUCAGACAUUGCCCAUGUAAAAAAACAAAACAAACAAAAAAAAAUUAAAUUAUUAAGAGGAAGAUAUCCUUUAAAAAAAAAAAAAACAUUCAUUCAUGGUAUGUACCUGACACAGUGCAAGUGGCUACUGAUGGAUCCAUAAGUGCACUGACUCAUUGAGAUUGGUUGUGAUGUUGUUUUGAUGCCAAGUUGCAUUAUCAGGAAAAUUAUGCACUUUUCCUCAUGUAAAGUGAUGUUUUUACAUCGGUAGAAUAACGCAAGUAGCAUGGGAGCUCAUAAACAUAAAUGACACCAGCUGCACUGUUUACCAUCACUUUUCAUACGUUAUUUUAUACGGACAGUGAAUGUGGCUGUAAAAAAAAAAACAUACAUACACAUUCUUUGUGGGAGAGUUCUUUACUAAUACAUAUGUCCUGACAAACUGCAGUGUGUUGUGCGUUUUUUGCCCACAGUGUUUGUCACUAAUGAUCAUCUGAGUUCAAAUGUUCUACCCAUGUAAAAUAUUAGUUUUACUUUAAAAUGUCAGUCAUUGCCAAAACCUAGCGUUUUCACCAUGAUGUUUUAUUCAUUGUCUGGGUUUUCUUUUUUUUCUUCUUCUUCUUUUUCUUCUUCUCAAUGAAAGGGGACCUAUUGUGCUUUCAAUAUUGUGGGACUCUAAUCAGUUUAGAUUGAUGAUUUACACUUCACUUUGUCUUUAGGUCUUCCUCUUUAGUCAUCGUUUGCUUGAGGGGAUCUGUUUAAUUUCUCGCUCCUUAAGGUCACCUUUUUUCUGAUCGGACAGAAUCUAUCAAGCUAGGAUUUAAAGUCAUUAUACACCAGCUUCUUUGGCCUAUUUUCACUUUCAUCUAAAGCAGAUGAAGAUAUUACAAGCAGAUGUUUGCUUUCUGGAAGUUUACUUAAAUAUGUGACAUCGUCUGAGGCUUUUGCUAUUUUUAAAAUUAAUAGCCAACAUUGUGUAAAAAAAAAAAAAAAAAAAAGCAUCAUAAGUCCCUUUUAAGCAAUA